AUGGGAAAUAAGCAUAGCAGGAGAAAGAAAUAUGAGUUAUGUGAAAUGCAGUAUGAAAAAGAAUUCGAGUUAAAAUUUCCCUGGAAUGAAAUUAUUAAAUGGGGAAGUCAUGAUUUAAAUGUAGAUAUAAGCAUUAUAACAAUUCAAAAUAUAAUUGAAUAUAUAAAGGAUAUAACAAUGGAUGAAGAAACCUUCUUUCAUAUGACAGAAGGAAAUAGUUUAGAUGCAUUUCAUUUUGAUGAGAACUUUGUUCUGUGGGCAAAAUCAUUAUUAAAAGAAAUUAAUAAUUUAAAAAAAGUAAGAUAUAAUGUUGUUCCAAAACUAAUCAGCGAAAAUGAAUUUUGGCUUAGAUACUUCUCUACCAUAAAAAUGAUCAUUGUUAAAGAAGCAUUCAAAUGUACCAAAAAUUGA